UCACAAGACUCGAGUGCUUCAGUUCUCUCUUAUUACUGCGAUAUAACAAUUUCUCUUCAGAAAAAAGAUGCCUGAAAAUAUUUAUUUAAACUAUUUAUCAGACCUCAAACUGACAUCAGCGGAUAAAGAUGAGAGGCACUGCUGUGAACCGAUGCUGAGGAAAUUCUCUGUUCUCCUCUUCCUGUCUUUGUUGGCAAAUGGAGUUUUGGCAUACCUUUAUCACACCACAAAUGCAAAUCAGUAUUGUGAACCAAGAAGAAACUGCUUAAAUUCAACCUUGCCUUUAGAUUCUCAACCAAUAAAGAAAAUAAAUUCCAUGAUUAUUAAAAACUACAGUCUACCAAACUACUGUUCAGAUGUACAAGAGAAGUGGAUCAGAGCACAGGGCAGAUUCUAUGUUUUCUCCACUGAUGUCAUGGACUGGAACAGCAGCAGAGAGCGCUGUCAGGAUCUGGGUGGAGACCUGGUCAUCAUCAACAAUGAAGACGAACAGAAAUUUCUAUCUAAAAAAGUAAAUGGUAUCAAUAACUAUCACUGGAUUGGCCUGACCGACAGCCAGAUGGAGGGCACGUGGCUCUGGGUGGACAACAACCCCCUAAACAACAACUUGCAAGUAUCAUUUUAAAAUCCUGUCAGGACAUUAUUAAAAUUCUUCUUAAAAUCUUUAAGAAUAACUGACAAAUAACAAACCACUGAUGCUUAUUUAUUUUUUUACGGUUGUUGUUCCCCAUAAAUUUGUUCUUGACCUCAUAUAUGUCAUUAAUCAUUAUUAUAGAUGGGAGUCUCCCCCGGAUGACUGGAAGAGUGAAAAUCCUUUGGAUGGUGAAGACUGUGUUAUCUUAAAGGGAGAAAAAUGGGGGGACGUCUCUUGCCUGAGGAAAGAGAAGAGGAUCUGUGAGAUUCCAUGCUCAGUGACACAGAUCUAAAAGAAGUAAUUAGUUACGCUUGUAUUUAGAUUGUAUUAAGUCUUCUUUCAAGUUUAACCCUGUUGUCAUUUCCAUCGAAUGAGUUGUGAAUUGUAAUAGGCUAUCAUCAGUGUUGCCAACUUAGCAAUUUUGUUGCUAAAUUUAGCAACUUUUCAGACUACCCUAGCAACUUUUUCUUUCAAAAGCACCUAGCAACAAAUUUAGCCAUUUAAAAAAAAUAUUUGGCAACCUUUAGCAACUUUUGAUAAGUGACUCAGACAAUAAAAAGGAACACAUUUUCCAUCCAAAUUUCACAAGAAGAGGAAACCAAAGAUGCCUAGCAGUACACACAUCACGUGAAUUAAGUUAGCUGUUAUCUGCAAUUGUUAAAUUUAAUAAUAAUAAUAAUAAUAAUAAUAAUAAUAAUAAUAAUAAUAAUAAUAUCCAUUAUCCACUGUAACCUGAAAACACAAUGCAUAAUUUAAAAUGCAGGUAAAAAACCAAUACGGAAAAUGAUUUCAUAUUAACAUACUAGAUUGUGCCCUAUUUUUACAGACAUUUCUUAGAGUGUAGCAUACAAACUAACUACUAAUACACCGCUUAAAGCAUAAUUGUUGAGAAUGUGUAGUAUUACUAGUUUACUAGCUAUUAAAAAAACUUAAAUUGUAAUCAUUCAAAAAUGUGUUCAAUAAUUCAAUGUAUUUAAAAAUGCAGAUAUUUAUAUUUAAUUAUAUUAUGCAUAUUAUUUUACAAACAAAUCUAAACGGACAUAUAUAAAAUAUAGUUUUUUGUUAUUUUAUUGCUGAAAUUUGAUGUUGUGACAAUUUUAUUUUAUAUGUGAUUAUGCAAUUACGUCAUCGCGCAAUGACAUCACAACGUCAUUUAGCAACUUAGGGCAACAAAUCGACCUUCCUUUAGCAACUUUCUCUGAAAAUUAGUUGGCAGCACUGGCUAUCAUUAGUGAUCAUGUAUCAUGCAUAUAUGUUACAUUUGUAAAUGAAGCCAUAAAUUUACACCUUGUGUACUGUAUACAACAAGAUUGUUGCAUCCCAUUCUGUUUUAUAUACUAUUUUUUCUUUAUUCUAUUCCAAACUUGUUCUCUUAAAAUGCCAAAAUGAUGACAUUUUAUAAACUAUAAAUAUAAAAUUAUUUAAAUAUUGCCCAGUCAUUUGCAUACAAUGUGCCUGUUACGACCAAGACAUAUUAAAUAUUCAUAAAUUAAGAAUUCAUACAAUAAGCUUCAGACAAUAGCAAUCAGAAGCGCUGACAUACUCUGAGGAAGGCUGGAGGCCAAAGGUUUUUAUUUAUUUAUAUACUUAUUUUUAUUUUAACAAUUUUAGUCCUAAUGUGACCAGCCAAAAUAAGAAUAAGGCUUUGUAACCCAUUGUACUAGAAGUGCCUUACACACA